ACGCCCACGUACUUACGUCACGCAGCCACGCUCGUGCUCUCCUGCGUGUGCACUCCGCGUGUCCCAUCAUGUCUCUCGGAAAAGCUGCUCGGAGUUUGAUAAACCCGGUUCGGGAGGUUUUGCGAGCAUCGGCUCAGACUUUGAAGCGGACCUAUGGUGCUGUCGCUGAAGCGCGAGUGGUUCUGGAGAACGAGCUGGACACCAUCCGAGCCGCCGGAACGUGGAAGGCAGAGCGGAUCAUCACGUCCAAGCAGGGAGCGCGGAUCAGCGUGGACGGCAGCGGCGGCGCCAUACUGAAUUUCUGUGCCAACAACUACCUGGGCCUGUCCAGUCACCCUGAGGUGGUGCAGGCGGGCCUGGAGGCUCUGAGGUCCCACGGGGCCGGACUGAGCUCGGUCAGAUUCAUCUGUGGGACUCAGGACAUUCACAAAAGCCUGGAGCAGAAGCUGGCACAGUUCCACGAGCGGGAGGACUGCAUCCUGUACGCCAGCUGCUUUGACGCCAACGCCGGUCUGUUCGAGGUUCUGCUGGGCCCAGAUGACGCGGUUCUGUCGGAUGAGCUGAACCACGCCUCCAUCAUCGACGGGAUCCGUCUGUGUCGAGCCCAGAGGCUGCGCUACAAACACAUGGACCUCAGCGACCUGGAGAACAAGCUCGGAGAGGCUCAGUCGUCUCGAAUGCGCCUCGUGGUGACGGACGGCGUCUUCUCCAUGGACGGAGACGUGGCUCCGCUACAGGGGAUCUGCGACCUGGCCGAGCGCUACGGCGCCAUGGUGUUCAUCGAUGAGUGCCACGCCACCGGGUUCCUGGGUCCGAGGGGCAGGGGAACGGACGAGCUGCUGGGAGUGAUGGACAGGGUCCACAUCGUUAACUCCACGCUGGGCAAAGCUCUGGGCGGCGCCGCCGGCGGCUACACCGUGGGCCCCAAGCCUCUGAUCGACCUGCUGAGGCAGCGCUCCCGUCCCUACCUGUUCUCCAACUCCCUGCCCCCUGCUGUGGUCGGCUGCGCCACGCGGGCGCUGGAGCUGCUGCUGGCUUCCAACGAGAUUUCACAGAGCAUGGCGGCGAAAACCAUGAGGUUCAGAACCAACAUGACUCAGGCCGGCUUCACCAUCGCGGGCUCAGCUCACCCCAUCUGUCCCGUGAUGCUGGGUGACGCUCGACUGGCUUCUCUGAUGGCCGACGACAUGCUGAAGCUCGGCGUGUACGUCAUUGGAUUCUCAUACCCCGUGGUUCCAAAAGGCAAAGCCCGGAUCCGAGUCCAGAUCUCAGCCGCCCACUCAGACGAGGACAUCGACCGCUGUGUCGACGCUUUCAUCCAGACGGGUCGAAAACACGGCGUCGUCCCCUGAGCAGGACACAUUAAGGGGAGCAGAACCUGGAGCAGCUGGGUUCCGGUCCUGGCACCGCCUGGAUGAUGGUGAUGCCCACAGUGCAUUUACAGGUCAACACAGCGUCUGAUUCAAUCAAUAAAGCACUUUCUCCAGCA